AUGCAAACAAGCAAAAGUUCAACGAUUCCAGCCAAAACGAUGUCAACGAGUGUAUCCUGUACAAAAAUUUCAAGAAGCGAAAUCUCAUCUCGGAAGAUUUCUUUAUCAGCAAGUGUUUCAGCAUUCAAGGUCAAUUUACCAAAGAUAAGCUCAACAAUAAUUCCUUCGAAAAAGUUAUCACGUUCGAAAAUUCGUCAAAGCGAAAUUCUGGAUACAAAGAAUUCUUUGGGAUCCUUGCAUGCAACAAGGAUAAUAGCAACUGAGGUGCCAGAAUCAACGAGAAUGCCUCCCAAGAAGUUAUCCAGCACGAUGAUUAAGCAAAGCAAGAGCUCAGCUUUAGCUUCAACAAGGACUUUAGCUGAUGGGGUGUCAGCAUCAACAAGAAUGCUCUCAAAAUCGCCAUCCUGUUUGAAGAUUCCGGAAUGCAAAACGUUGACACCAAAGAUUUCCUUGCCAGUUAUGACUUCAACGAGGAUGUUAGCACAUAAGAUGUCAUCAUCUUCAAGAAUUCCUCAAAGGGAAAUUCUGGAUACUAAGAAUUAUUUGGGAUCCUUGCAUGCAACAAGGAUAAUAGCAAAUGAGGUGUCAUCAUCAUCAAUACAGCCUCCAAAGAAAUUAUCCAGCAUGAUGAUUGAGCAACGCAAAAUGUCGACCCGCAAGAUUUCUUCAUUAGCCGUGCCUUCAACUGGGAUCUUAGCAAAUGAGGUGUCAUCAUCAAAACAGCUUCCCAAGAAGUUAUCCAGCACGAUGAUUAAGCAAAGUGAAAUGUCGACCCACAAGAUUUCUCCAUCAGCCGUGCCUUCAACUGGGAUCUUAGCAAAUGAGGUGUCAUCAUCAUCAAAACAGCCUCCUAAGAAGUUAUCCAGCAUGAUGAUUGAGCAACGCAAAAUGUCGACCCACAAGAUUUCUCCAUCAGCCGUGCCUUCAACUGGGAUCUUAGCAAAUGAGGUGUCAUCAUCAUCAAAACAGCCUCCUAAGAAGUUACCCAGCGUGAAGAUUCAGCAAUGCAAAAUGCAGCCUAUUAAGAAUAAAGCGAUCUCAGCUGUGCCUUCUUCGUCAAAGAUGUUUUCGAAAAGGAUGAAUUCAAAGAAAAUGUCGGCCGUAAAAAGUUCUCAAUCAUGUUAUCGUAAAAUAAUUCAAACUUCACCGCAUUUCAACGUUAUUGAUUUGCCAUACGACCAUGACUUGAUUUUUUCUGAUCGCAAAACUACAAAAUUAUAUCGAGGAUUUAUGACUUAUUUCGUCAACGAGUCGUAUAAGCUUAAAAAAGACUUCCUUAACUACCUUAGGACGAAGAAAAUGCAAACAAGCAAAAGUUCAACGAUUCCAGCCAAAACGAUGUCAACGAGUGUAUCCUGUACAAAAAUUUCAAGAAGCGAAAUCUCAUCUCGGAAGAUUUCUUUAUCAGCAAGUGUUUCAGCAUUCAAGGUCAAUUUACCAAAGAUAAGCUCAACAAUAAUUCCUUCGAAAAAGUUAUCACGUUCGAAAAUUCGUCAAAGCGAAAUUCUGGAUACAAAGAAUUCUUUGGGAUCCUUGCAUGCAACAAGGAUAAUAGCAACUGAGGUGCCAGAAUCAACGAGAAUGCCUCCCAAGAAGUUAUCCAGCACGAUGAUUAAGCAAAGCAAGAGCUCAGCUUUAGCUUCAACAAGGACUUUAGCUGAUGGGGUGUCAGCAUCAACAAGAAUGCUCUCAAAAUCGCCAUCCUGUUUGAAGAUUCCGGAAUGCAAAACGUUGACACCAAAGAUUUCCUUGCCAGUUAUGACUUCAACGAGGAUGUUAGCACAUAAGAUGUCAUCAUCUUCAAGAAUUCCUCAAAGGGAAAUUCUGGAUACUAAGAAUUAUUUGGGAUCCUUGCAUGCAACAAGGAUAAUAGCAAAUGAGGUGUCAUCAUCAUCAAUACAGCCUCCAAAGAAAUUAUCCAGCAUGAUGAUUGAGCAACGCAAAAUGUCGACCCGCAAGAUUUCUUCAUUAGCCGUGCCUUCAACUGGGAUCUUAGCAAAUGAGGUGUCAUCAUCAAAACAGCUUCCCAAGAAGUUAUCCAGCACGAUGAUUAAGCAAAGUGAAAUGUCGACCCACAAGAUUUCUCCAUCAGCCGUGCCUUCAACUGGGAUCUUAGCAAAUGAGGUGUCAUCAUCAUCAAAACAGCCUCCUAAGAAGUUAUCCAGCAUGAUGAUUGAGCAACGCAAAAUGUCGACCCACAAGAUUUCUCCAUCAGCCGUGCCUUCAACUGGGAUCUUAGCAAAUGAGGUGUCAUCAUCAUCAAAACAGCCUCCUAAGAAGUUACCCAGCGUGAAGAUUCAGCAAUGCAAAAUGCAGCCUAUUAAGAAUAAAGCGAUCUCAGCUGUGCCUUCUUCGUCAAAGAUGUUUUCGAAAAGGAUGAAUUCAAAGAAAAUGUCGGCCGUAAAAAGUUCUCAAUCAUGUUAUCGUAAAAUAAUUCAAACUUCACCGCAUUUCAACGUUAUUGAUUUGCCAUACGACCAUGACUUGAUUUAUGUCACAUUAAGCAGUAUUAAUAGCAGCAGACGUGUAUGUCCAACUCUUCCACUCAAAUCUCCUGGAUUUAUAAGGUCGGUGAAAAAAAUGUUUUCUUGGGUUCGUAGGAAGAUCACGUGUGCAAAUUAUUAA